UAAAUAUUUCCUGUCAUGUUGUAAGUCUGUACGUUAAACGCAAUAAGUUGAACGUUGUCUGGAACGUUGUCAUUUCUCAAGACGAACAGAAGAAGAAUGUCAGCAGUUUGUCCCGAGAAUGGUUUGAGAGAACUGUAAUCCAAGGUGAAAUUUUAGCGAAAAUUACGCGUCCCACAAGUUUGCUGGAUCUUGAUCUCAGCCUUGGAAACGGCCCCAAGUGUGAGGGUCAUACACCAUACAGCGUGAAGGAUGUCUUCCCCAACACCAAAGGCUCUUCCAGCACCUACUUUUGGCAUCAUAACAGAUAUUCAGUAUGCUGAUAUCGAUGACAGUUAUAAUUUCCAUGGUACUCGUCAGAGAUACUACAGAAACUCGCUGAACCUGUUGAAAAAUGCUGUAAACUACUGGAGAGAUUGUCAACCCAAGGUUGAUUUUGUCCUGCAAUUAGGGGACAUUAUUGAUGGGAAAAACAAAAAGGAUGACGCAUCUAGAACUGCCCUUAUGGCAGUCAUGGCACCUUUGGCAAGCCUAAGGAAAUCUGUUUAUCAUGUUAUAGGCAAUCAUGAAUGUUACAACUUCUCUCAAGAUUUCCUUCUUAAAUCUGCCCUCAACUCUGCAGCACGUGUCAACUGUAAAGGAGUUGCAGGCAAAGCAUUCUACACAUUUCUUGCCUCACCUGCACUGCGCAUUGUGGCUCUUGACUGCUAUGAAAUGAGUGUUAUCGGUACUCCUGAAAAUACCCCUGAACAUGACGAAGCAAAGAGAAUCUUACAGAGAAAUACAAAUGCCGACCAGAAUGAACCGCAUGGAAUGGGAACAGAUAGACGCUUUGUGGCAUAUAAUGGAGGGGUUACUAGUAGUCAACUUGAAUGGCUAGAUCAAGUUCUAUUGGAGGCGGACUCAAACAGAGAAAACGUUAUACUUAUUGGUCACAUCCCCAUAUUUCCUGCAAGUGCUGACGUAUCCUGCCUGUGCUGGAACUAUGAGGACAUCCUGCGUGUCAUCUACAAACACUCAUGCGUGUCGGCCUACAUGGCAGGUCAUGACCAUGAAGGAGGGUCUGCUACUGACAGUGGAGGUAUUCUACACAUCACAUUCCCAGCUGUUAUCGAGACAGAGCCAGGGAACAAUGCUUUUGGGACAGCCACCAUGUAUUGUGAUAGAAUAGAAAUAGUAGGACAGGGGCGUGUACCAAAUUACUCAAUUAAACUCCGAUAUCCAACGCUGAUUUUAUGAUAGAAGGGGAUCGAUAUGUCCCUAGAUACUGACUGUGAUAGAGAGAAGGAUAAGACUAGUGAUCCAUGUAAUCUUAGAGGCUAGUGGUCCAAUGUUUUCCAGGCACAUAUAGUUCAGGAAUUUAGCAACUAUGCACAGAAAUUCAAGAAAUUAGUUAUCAGUAUAAUCUCAGAGAUUUACUUGUCAGAGCACAUUUCAUUGAGGAGUUUGUGAAGCACACUUGGUUUAGCAAGGCACUGUCCAAUUACAAGAAAUCUUCAGCAAGGUUUGGGCACAUAAUAAAUGUUUACUGUCCAUGUAUCUCCUGGGAUGCUCGUGAUCAGACCGCAGUUACUACAUGAAACUAAUAAUAAGGUCACACUUUGUUCCAAAGGAUUAUAUUCAUUGUACACUUAAUAUAUUUACCACAGUGAGAGAGUAAAUGUGCCAUGCUUCUGGUUAUGUAAGCUAGUGAUCCUGGUGCAAUCUGUUUAAUUAGCUUAUGAUAGAUAGGAGAGAUUACAACUAUGAUACUAUGUCUUGCAUGUGUUACAGAUACGUUCAUAUAUUACCAGCACAUGUUAUGCCAAACUGUUGAUUCACUGCUACGGAUGUAUUGUCAUUCUGAGUUCAGCUGCUCUGAACCUCCUCAAUGAUUAGUCUUAUACAAAUAUAUAGUAUGUAUUGAAUAUCGGUACAAAAGGCCUACUUUAAGAUAGAUACCUACUGACUAUUUAAGGAUAGAUUUUAUUUGUCUACUGAAAGAAAAAGUACUAGUAGUCAAGACCUUGGCAGAACUUAGAUACCAGAGGCCACUCCAUGAGUCAACUAAAUACCUAGGCAGGCCUUAGAUACCAGAGGCCACUCCAUGAGUCAACUAAAUACCUAGACAGGCCUUAGAUACCAGAGGCCACUCCAUAAGUCAACUAGUCCUAGACAGGCCUUAGAUACCAGAGGCCCCUCCAUAAGUCAACUAGACCUAACCAGGCCUUAGAUACCAGAGGCCACUCCAUAAGUUAACUAGUCCUAGACAGGCCUUACAUACCAGAGGCCACUCCAUAAGUCAACUAGACCUAAACAGGCCUUACAUACCAGAGGCCACACCAUAAGUCAACUAGACCUAAUCAAGCCUUAGAUAAAGGGAGGCCAUGCCAUAAGUCAACUAGGCCAAGACAGGCCUUAGAUACUAGGGGCCACUCCAUAAGUCAACUAGACCUAAUCAGGCCUUAGAUACCAGAGGCCACUCCAUAAGUCAACUAGACCUAACCAGGCCUUAGAUACUAGGGGCCACUCCAUAAGUCAACUAGAUACCUAGACAGGCCUUAGAUACCAGAGGCCACUCCAUACGUCAACUAAAUACCUAGGCAGGCCUUAGAUACCAGAGGCCACUCCAUAAGUCAACUAGACCUAGACAUGCCUUAGAUACCAGAGGCCGCUCCAUAAGUCAACUAGACCUAGACAGGCCUUAGAUACCAGAGGCCCCUCCAUAAGUUAACUAGUCCUAGACAGGCCUUACAUACCAGAGGCCACUCCAUAAGUCAACUAGACCUAAUCAAGCCUUAGAUAAAGGGAGGCCACGCCAUAAGUCAACUAGGCCAAGACAGGCCUUAGAUACUAGGGGCCACUCCAUAAGUCAACUAGACCUAAACAGGCCUUACAUACCAGAGGCCACUCCAUAAGUCAACUAGACCUAGACAUGCCUUAGAUACCAGAGGCCGCUCCAUAAGUCAACUAGACCUAGACAGGCCUUAGAUACCAGAGGCCCCUCCAUAAGUUAACUAGUCCUAGACAGGCCUUACAUACCAGAGGCCACUCCAUAAGUCAACUAGACCUAAACAGGCCUUACAUACCAGAGGCCACUCCAUAAGUCAACUAGACCUAAUCAAGCCUUAGAUAAAGGGAG